GGUUUUGGGGGCUCCGCGCGGGAGCGGGACAUGCUGGAGCUGCGGCACCGCGGAGGCUGCCCCGGGCCCGGGGGACCCCCCGCUCCGCCCCGCGAGGGCGAGGCGGCGGGCGGCGACCACGAAACCGAGAGCACCAGCGACAAAGAAACAGACAUUGAUGACCGAUAUGGGGAUUUGGAUUCCAGAACAGACUCUGAUAUUCCAGAAAUCCCACCCUCCGCGGAUAGAACGCCGGAGAUCCUCAAGAAGGCUCUGUCUGGCUUAUCUUCAAGGUGGAAAAACUGGUGGAUUCGUGGAAUUCUUACCCUGACUAUGAUUUCAUUGUUUUUCCUGAUCAUCUACAUGGGAUCUUUUAUGCUGAUGCUGCUUGUCUUGGGCAUCCAAGUGAAAUGCUUCCAUGAAAUCAUCACGAUAGGCUACCGAGUCUAUCGUUCUUACGAUCUGCCCUGGUUCAGAACACUGAGCUGGUACUUUCUCCUGUGUGUCAACUACUUUUUCUAUGGUGAGACUGUAGCUGAUUAUUUUGCUACCUUUGUCCAAAGAGAAGAGCAACUUCAGUUUCUCAUUCGCUACCACAGGUUCAUAUCAUUUGCCCUCUAUCUGGCAGGUUUCUGCAUGUUUGUGCUGAGCUUGGUGAAAAAGCAUUAUCGCCUGCAGUUUUAUAUGUUCGCAUGGACUCAUGUCACUUUGCUGAUAACAGUCACGCAGUCACAUCUUGUCAUCCAAAAUCUGUUUGAAGGCAUGAUAUGGUUCCUUGUCCCAAUAUCAAGUGUUAUCUGCAAUGACAUAACUGCUUACCUUUUUGGAUUUUUUUUUGGAAGAACUCCAUUAAUUAAGUUGUCUCCAAAAAAGACUUGGGAAGGAUUCAUUGGUGGUUUCUUUUCCACAGUCAUAUUUGGAUUCAUUGCUGCCUACGUGUUGUCCAAAUACCAGUACUUCGUCUGCCCAGUGGAAUACCGAAGUGACGUCAACUCCUUCGUUACCGAGUGUGAACCCUCAGAGCUUUUCCAGCUUCAGGACUAUUCCCUCCCUCCCUUGCUCAGGGCACUGCUGAGAAGGGACACCGUGAGCCUCUACCCCUUCCAGAUCCACAGCAUCGCGCUCUCCACUUUCGCCUCUUUGAUCGGCCCGUUUGGCGGCUUCUUUGCCAGUGGAUUCAAAAGAGCUUUCAAGAUCAAGGAUUUUGCAAACACCAUCCCUGGACAUGGCGGAAUAAUGGACAGAUUUGAUUGUCAGUAUUUGAUGGCAACAUUUGUGCAUGUCUACAUCACAAGUUUUAUAAGGGGUCCGAAUCCCAGCAGAGUGCUCCAGCAGUUGCUGGUGCUCCAGCCGGAGCAGCAGUUAAACAUCUACAAAACCCUGAAGACGCACCUCAUCGAGAAAGGAAUCCUGCAGCCCGCCUUGAAGGUGUAGCUGUACCCCGGGAGGGGAAGGACCAACAAUAAUGAAUUCUACGGAAAAGCACUGAGAUUUUAUAAUUGUACAGGAAAAAAAAAGGGUUGAAAAUGCAAUAGAUUGAAGUUUUACAGACACGAAUGUUUCUUCUCUGAAAUUACUGUGAAUCUUUAACAAACGCUUACUUGAUCUAAGUUAUGAAAUAAGUCGCAGACGGCCGGCAGAAUAUCCUGUCCUUUUUCUAAAGUGUGUUUUCUGGCGUGGACUUCCUUCCCCUUCCACGCUGGCUUUCGUAACUUUGCAAGACUCGUGUUUCAGGAGUCAAACACGAUCGAAUGAGUGAAACGAGGAUGUCUUAAGAUUGCACCCGGCAGUGUGUCCUUUGCACAAAUAUUUACUUUUGCACUUGGAGCUGCUCUGAAUUGUAGCAAAAUAUUUUAUGUAAGGCACAAUAGGAAGUGAGUGCUCUCCCGUACUUCCUCUUCUUUCCGUCUGAAGUACUUGCUGAAGGACUGAGUUGGAUUUGAAAAAGAAAA